UGAUCUAUUCUUAGCUUCUGAAUUUUGCUGCUUUUCAGGCAAUCGCUGAAGUAUCAAUGGAGACAAUAUUUGCUAGCAAUAAAAGACCCCUCUACGUUGUUACUCCUGUGUUGGAGAGCAUCGCUUUGUCCCAGGCUGCUGGCAGUAAGGUCUACAUGAAAAUGGAAAAUGUGCAACCCACAGGCUCUUUCAAGAUCCGAGGCAUUAGCUAUUUCUGUCAGGAGGUUGCCAAGAGGGGCUGUCGGCACCUUGUUUGCUCAUCAGGUGGUAAUGCUGGCCUUGCUGCGGCUUAUUCUGCCCAAAAACUCGGUAUCCCGGCUACCAUUGUUGUGCCGGAAUUUAUUGCACCAUCCACAGUGAAGAUGCUGGAGAACUUGGGAGCAGAGGUGGAAAUCUUUGGGAAGGUUUGGGAUGAUGCCAGUGACAGAGCCACACUGCUGGCCAAGGAAGAUGGCUGGGUCAAUGUCCACCCUUUCGAUCAUCCAUCAAUCUGGAAAGGUCACAGCAGCCUGGUCAAGGAGCUGAAGGACUCCCUGGACACCAUGCCAGGAGCCAUUGUCUUGUCAGUGGGAGGAGGCGGGCUGCUGGCCGGCGUGGUCGCAGGUCUGCAAGAGGUGGGAUGGCUGGACGUGCCCAUUGUGGCGGUGGAGACCAGAGGGGCGGACAGCUUCAACGCAGCCCUCCAGGCGGGCCAACUUGUCACUCUGCCUGAUAUAACCAGUGUGGCCAAGUGCCUGGGGGCCAAGACAGUGGCACAACGAGCGUUGGAUUGCGCUAGCGAGUGGCCAAUCAUCUCGCAUGUGCUGGAGGAUAUUGAAGCUGUGAAAGCUGUGGAGCAGUUCCUGGAUGAUGAGCGGAUGCUAGUGGAGCCUGCCUGUGGAGCUUCUCUGGCCCUGCUCUACUCUGGCCACAUCCAGCGACUGCAGGAAGAGGGACGCUUGAGCCGGACCGUGGACUCAAUCGUCAUCAUCGUGUGUGGAGGAAGCAGCAUCCGGAUGGACACGCUGCAGAACAUGAAGAACCAGCUGGGGAUGAAGUGACGGACAGAAGCCCUGAAGUGGCCACCGGAU